CGUGGUCUUUCAUUCGGACGUACCAUCGCCGUGUCGGACGCUUUGAUGCCCAAAGUUCGUCGUGCAGCCUUCAAUGAGAAUGGUUUGCCAGACUUCGUCACAUCCUGUUGCACGCACUAAGAUGUAUCCAGUAAACCCCAAUCACCUCGAUGUCAUCGAGUGCUGGAAAGGCUUGUCACGUACUCAAGCUACGGAGCUGACCAUGUGGUACCAAUUCCUGGACGAAUGUCUGCACAACGAGGUGCGAGAAGUGUUGAGCAAGGAGGUUGUCCAGGAUUUGAUGGACAGCAAUGAAGCAAUCGAAGAGGUCCACUUCUUCGCUCGCAUGCUCGAGUGCCUCCGCAGCAAGCCGCAACGCAUCGUCGAUAUCAUCUUUAUCGAUAUCAUUGACAGCAUGAUGGGCAUGUUCCACGAUCGGUUUCCGAAUGAGUCCGCCUCAUUUGCAUCAAGCUGGUCACACUUCUCUGGCGGGUUAUCGCUGUUCCUGCAUAACUUCCUUCGCCUACAAGACUGUUUCCAGCACAGCCCUCACGGCCCAUGCCUUGAAGCCAACUUCGACUUUCAGUUUUCGCGGUGGGUUUUGACGGCCACUGGUGAUGUCGCGUGGCAGCCCCCAAACAUUCGAUUUCUGCACGUUCCCACGACCCGUGCUAGCGGUGAAACGUACCGCAUCACGCCAUUCGUCUGGAAAGAAAUAGACAGUCCCAUCAGGUCACCCAGCUGCGAUAGUUACGUUGAUCAGGUCGAAUACGUGAUCACGAGAUCACCUGCGACGUUUACCUGGGAUCCGGUCAAGAGAUGCUUCAACACUGUUAUUGGCCACCCCCGCGACGGCAAACCGCGUACUGUCGAGACUGUGGUUAUGGCUACAAUAAACACAUUGUUUCCAGACGACGUAAUAUUCGAGAGACGGUCCCGCUGGAGCAUGAAACUCGACGUCACGCCCACACGCCAGCCUCUCACCCCGGCCGAAAACAGACUUCCUUCAUGUGAGACCUACCUAAGACGCUUGCUGGAAAUCUCCAGCGCGGGAUCUGACCAUGAGACUGUCGUCCACAACAGACCCGUGAUGUACUCCAGUCCGCAGAAGCGCAAGGUCUCGAAGCCUGAAGUUGUCGAUGCGGUGACUGCCUCCAAGCGUAGAUGUCGCGACUCGAUGCUCGAGCUUGACGAUGCGCUAAGCGACGAGGAACUGUUGUGCGACGAUUCAUUCGUGCCAAGAUACUCGCAGGGAAUACCUCAAAUCGCUGAGCACAAAAGUAACGACCCGUUCGUUGGUCCUCAGCGUCGUCGAUAUGAUUUUGAUCAGCCGGUCAAGAUACAGUGUGAUAGCGGAUACUCAUCUUCAUCAACGUCACCAGCGUUUCCGGUGGAGUCUACGCCAUCCGAGGAUGCUAUCAUUGCGGACCGCGGAAGUCUUCACCAAGACGAGAUUCUGCAUAACUACCACGAGUUUGCAGACCGCCGAUUAUUCAAGGACGCCGGCCUCGUUACUAGUCCCUUCAGCGACAGCGAGCGCAUGGCGUACGAGAGCAUCUUCAUGGAAGACAGUGAUGAGUGGUCGCCCGCCACCGAUGGGAGUAGCAUAAACAUGGACAUGGUCAUGAGCGAGCAGUGACGGGGAGCGCGCGUUUGACAGUGGUCUGAUUUCUGCCACGUCGUUAGAUCACUUGCCUGCGAGGUUGAUUCUGCGGUGGGCUCUAGACGCGGUAUAGGUACGUAUAAUCAAUCAACAUACUGACACAUUACUCGUCUGUUUCCGGUUGCCAUAUUCUUCGAGAGAUGCCUCCAUGCCAGUAGCACGACGAAGUCUCAAUGCAUAAAAUGGUGUUGGCUGCGCACGACAAACGCAC